AUGCCGGUCCGACGAGCUAAGGCCUGUUUACAAUGCCGCAAAGCUAAAUCCCGAUGCUCCCUCUCUACUCCGUGCUCGCGAUGCACGACCCGCCGCCUCGAUUGUCAAUAUGUUCGUGCGCUUCCCCACCUCGAGAACCGAUCGCGCGCAGCCUUCCGGCCUAUUCGACCUGCGACAAAUUCCUUCACUCCUAACAGUGCUUUCACCGAGGAUUAUCUAGCUGGCACCCUUGCUGGGAUCUCACCGAGGGCCGACCAUGACAGUUCUGCCGCUGUAGCCAAGGAAGCCGAACCAGAUUCGAGGAGAUACUAUACCAAUAUCGACGAAAAUGAAUUAUUUGGGUCAAUACAGGGUGGAACUGAAUAUGGAAUCCCAGAGUUACCACCUUACUCAGAUUUCACCUCCUACAUUUUCGAUAUGCCUGAGUCCUCCGAUACACCCUUGGCAAUGACCCCAGCAACAUCCCACAACUCCCAAAUGCCCGAAGACACGUCCGCAGACCCGUCAUCUUUCGACAUGAUCUCUCCUCUUCUAUUGAACCUUGAGUUCCCGUUCGAUAAUCCUGCCUUCCCUACCCCACACCCGACCGAAUCCACGCCCAGCACCAAAAUACCGGGGCCGCAGUUAGCGCAACGUCCUAGGUCGCUCCAGCAAGGAUCCUUGACGGCUAGGAUGGUUUUAAGUCGAAUGAAAGAAUACAGCCGCAUGAUGGCAGAUGCUAAAACCCUGCCACCCUUUAUAUUCCCACCCUGCUGUCUCGGACCCGAUGAUGAAUGCCCCCAGAACACGUCCCAUCGCUGCUUGCCUGAAGCACUGGCCGUGUGUUCAAACUUGACUCAAAUGUUCUACAAUCGUAUGCCUGGAAGCCACAACUUUGUAUGGAAGCAAAUAUGUGCGCAUAUACGCCAGAUGCGAGAGGAAGUGAGAUUCUACUGCAGCGUAUCUUUAUGUUGUGUAUUAUUUGAUGCUAAUGAGCUUGCCAGUAUGAAACAUGCGAUGAAAAUUCGAAGCUUACCUCCCUCCAAUCUGCUCUCAUAUACGGGAUGUUGUGUUCCCAGUGCACGGAAUCAGUGCCAGUUGAAGAUUCGACUUGGAUAG